AUGCCCUCUUUUCACCCAGGACAGACGGUCAACUACAAGCCCGUAGGCGGACCCAAUUCGAAUACGAGUUCAAGCAAGGGCAUCAUUCGCGAUGUGGCUACUAAGCCUGGAGCUACGUUGACGGGCCGAAGUGUCUCAGCUUCGGAACAGAUGCCAAGUUACCAGGUGCGUGCAACUCAUUUUGGAAAAGCUGCCAUGAGUAGCUGCCAUGAGUAUUGA